AUGACGGAACACAUAACUGCAGAAUAUUAUCGUGCAGGUACACCUUAUCUAUCUCCAGAAGCUAUUGAUGAAAUCAUUCAAUCUCGAGGGACGAUUAAAAAUGCAUGCAUGGAAAUGGUUGAUAAAUAUGGUACUUCGACUCGUCGAAUUUAUGAAAUUUGGAAAAGGCAUGCCCAAGGAUUACCUCAGCGCAAGCAACAAAUGAUACAAAAUACCUUUCCUUCUGAAACAGUAUAUAUGCCUGAAAAUAAUAUCACAAAUGAGCGGACAAAAAAGAAAAGAUCUAGUUCCAAAUUGAUUCAUUCUACACACUCGAUUUCUAAUAACGGAGAAAUGAUGGAAAAAAUAAGUGGGGGUGAUACAUGCGAAGCAAGGACACUUAGCUACUAG